GUGCGUUAACCUGGUAUCAAGUAUACCGUGAGGAAUUUAGGGGAGAUUUUGAGAAAUUUUGUACUGAAUUAGUCAAGUAUUUCUGGAGUAAGGGACUCCAGAAUAAGUUACGUUCAGCCAUUUUGGCUCCGCCUCAGGUUGAACCCACUCCUGGAACCUAUGCUAACUAUUUCCUGAAUUAUGUCAAACACGCAAAGUAUUUAGAUAUUCCUCUUGAUUCGUCUACUGUUAUCGCUGCGAUAAGCUAUCACUUUCCUCAGAAUGUUCAAGUAGCGCUGGCUCAGAGUAACUCAGAAACAAAUGAUGAGGUGAUAGCGACGCUUCAGAUUUUUGACCAACUCUCUGUGAAACCCCGCCAGGGUGCGGUUAAAAGCAGUUCACAGCAGAUUCCACCCGGUAACCAGAAAGCUAAUCAACAAGUAUUUAACCAACGUUCUCACGUCCACCAGGUGAAUUUUGACUUUAGUGUGCCACCUCCAGCGGCAUACGAGCCUUUAACUUCGGAUCAGUCUGAUCCUCAAGCAUGACUAAAUCCAGUUCCAUCUCCUAACUUGGAACACGACUCUGAGGAGAGUGAGAUCCGUAACAAUUUUUCCACGUUAACUCAUAUUAAUGCUGUUCAUUUUCAAGAUACACAGAAUAUUGGUACACUAGAAACAUUUUAUCUGUAUAAUCUAACUCUACAGGAAUCUUCAAAGAAAAUAUUGCUGACUUAUUUGGUUAUAUCACCCUUGAAGUUGACAGUGGACAGAGAUAUCCCAGAAGUGCCUUUUACUGUACAUUUAAGCUUAUUAUCAAAUUUGAAACCUAAUUCUAUUUUCAACUUGUGCACUGAAGCAUGUAGCCUGAAGUCUUCGGCAAUUGACGGGAUUGUGAUAUUCCCAUCUAAUUAUUGGCUUUAUUCUAAAUUGGUAACUCCAACUUCAGAGAAGACGGUGAAACCUGUCUCUACUGAUAAACACAUGUCAGCUUGCUUUUCUUCGCUCUUCUGUGAAUCCCUUAUUGCUUUUUCAUCUAAGAUCCCUAUUUUUUGGUGCAACUUCACUACAGAUUUGUCAAUGCUUAUCAGUAAACCUACUUUAACACAAUUUAAUGAGUAUUUCCUACAUAAGCUCUCUGAACAUGAAAAUGUCUUUCCAAUUUGUUUUGAAAAAUGUACCAAUCAAGAACAUCAACAUGAUAAUUUAGCUGUAUGUCAAUAUAAUCUCUGUAAUGUUGCCACUAAGAUUUUGAAUUUAACAAAAGGCCAGUUAUUCUCAAAUGACAUUGAUAAAUCGGUUCAAACUUUGAUGAGCACUAAUGACCAUUUUCUUCUAGCAGAAAGUGAGCAAGAUGAUGUACCUAACUUUCCUGCGAAAUGCCCGUAUGUUUCAUGUCAUGUUAAUGGAUUUAAAACCUCGGUUCUUAUUGACUCAGGAAGCGAAAUUACGCUAGUCAGUGCAGAAUUUUUUGAGGUGUUAAAACAGAAUUGUACAACUGAUCUUCCUACUCUUCCAGUGUCUAAUUUAACUGUCAAGGGAGCAACUGGGGUUCGUUCAAAAAAUGUAACGCUGCAAACACUUUUGACUGUAACGUUUGGCUCGGCUACUUUUUUAACACCAGCUUUAAUCAUUCCCAAAA